GCGGGGAGGGGAAGAGAGGAGGAGGAAGAGGAGGAAGGUUGCUCGGGGUUAAGAAUGGGAAAUCUCGCGGGAAGUAGCUAUAGAGACCGAACGGCUUUCUCUCACAGUUGGCAACAAGAGAGCUGAGGAGUAGAGCUCCGUGAGUAUUUCCCCAGGAGAUUAACGGAAGACUGUUGGAGCGACUGGGAGACGGGGAUACCUGACUUACAGCCGGGUGCAGAGUUAAGGAAGUCUGUGCCGGCAGAGGCCUAGUUUCCCCUUGUUGCUCCGAGCUUUUCGCUUAGGCGUUCACGUUGCACAGGUAAAAAAGGACGGGACAGGCGACUCACCCGGGUACAUCCAUGAGGCAAGGGGAACAGCAACGUGUUGGGAACUGGGGCGAGGAACUAAGUGAAUGAAAAUGGUGUAAUCUGUGCAACCAAGAAGACAUAUUUUCAUCGAUGUAUCAACUGGAUUAUCAGCACCAGAAAAUUUAAUCAGAAUGAGGUUAAAGACAUCUCUCUUAAAGGAACCAAAACAUAAGGAAUUGGUUAGUUGUGUAGGCUGGACAACAGCAGAUGAGCUCUAUUCAUGCAGUGAUGAUCACCAAAUUAUGAAAUGGAACUUACUAAAUGGUGAGACGACACAAGUAGUGAAACUUCCUGAUGAUACCUAUCCCAUCGACCUUCAUUGGUUUCCCAAAGGUUUAGGUGGAAAAAGGCAAACUCAUGCUGAGAACUUUGUACUCACAAGUUCUGAUGGCAAGUUCCAUUUGAUUUCCAAGACUGGAAGAGUUGAAAAAAGUGUAGAAGCCCACUGUGGAGCUGUACUUGCAGGAAGAUGGAAUUAUGAAGGAACAGCACUUGUUACAGUUGGUGAAGAUGGACAAAUAAAAAUAUGGUCUAAGAGUGGAAUGCUAAGAUCUACUUUAGCACAACAAGGAACACCAAUAUAUUCAGUAGCAUGGGGCCCAGAUUCCGAAAAGAUUCUUUACACAUCAGGGAAGCAGUUGAUUAUCAAACCACUUCAACCAAAUGCUAAAGUACUGCAGUGGAAAGCCCACGAUGGAAUUAUUCUAAAGGUUGAUUGGAACUCUAUCAAUGAUCUUAUUCUAUCAGCUGGUGAAGACUGCAAAUACAAGGUGUGGGAUAGCUAUGGACGUCAAUUGUAUAGCUCACAGUCACACGAGUAUCCUAUCACUUCUAUUGCUUGGGCUAUGGAUGGGGAGUUAUUUGCUGUGGGGUCCUUCCAUACUUUACAACUAUGCGAUAAAACAGGGUGGUCCUAUGCUUUAGAGAAACCAAACACUGGCAGCAUAUUUAAUAUUGCUUGGUCUACUGAUGGUACACAGAUAUCUGGAGCUUGUGGAAAUGGACAUGUGAUUUUUGCUCAUGUUGUGGAACAGCGCUGGGUGUGGAAAAACUUUGGAAUAACAUUAACUAAAAGAAGAACCAUGGAGGUUCGUAAUGUACUUAAUGAUGCAGUGGAUUUACUGGAAUUUCGUGACAGAGUCAUUAAAGCCUCUUUGAACUAUGGGCAUUUAGUAGUUUCAACAUCUCUUCAGUGUUACAUAUUCUCAACUAAAAACUGGAAUACCCCAUUAAUUUUUGAUCUCAAAGAAGGAACUGUCAGUUUAAUUUUACAAGCAGAAAGGCAUUUUCUUCUUGUAGAUGGUGGAGGAAUCUAUUUAUUUUCCUAUGAAGGACGUUUAGUUUCUUCUCCAAAGUUUCCAGGAAUGAGAACAGAUACACUAAAUGUUCAGACUAUUUCUUUGAGUAAUGAUACUUUAGCAAUAAAAGACAAAUCUGAUGAAAAAGUUAUUUACCUGUUUGAGCCUUUAUCUGGCAAGCCCCUAGGAGAUGGAAAGCCCCUUACUCAUAAGACAGAAAUCAUGGAAAUUGCUUUAGACCAGAAGGGACUUACAAAUGAAAGGAAAAUUGCUUUCAUUGACAAAAAUAGAGACCUUUAUAUAACUUCAGUGAAGAGAUUUGGGAAGGAACAGAAAGUUACCAAAAUAGGAACAAUGGUGCAUACUUUGGCAUGGAAUAACACAUGCAACAUACUUUGUGGACUUCAAGAUACACGCUUCACAGUCUGGUACUAUCCUAAUGCAGUAUAUGUAGAUAAAGAUCUCUUACCAAAAACCCUCUAUGAAAAGGAUGCAAGUGAAUUUAGUAAAAAUCCCCAGAUUGUGAGUUUUGUUGGAAGUCAAGUAACAAUCAGGAGAGCUGAUGGCUCACUUAUUCAUAUCAAUAUUUCACACUAUCCAGCCAUACUUCAUGAAUAUGUGAACAAUUCAAAAUGGGAAGAUGCCAUCAGACUGUGUCGCUUUGUUAAGGAUCAAACUUUGUGGGCAUGUUUAGCUGCUAUGGCGGUAGCCAGUAAAGAUAUGAAUACAGCAGAAGUAGCCUAUGCAUCAAUCGGAGAAAUUGACAAAGUUCAGUAUAUAAGUUCUAUUAAAGAUCUUCCAUCAAAAGAAUCAAGACUGGCUCAUAUCCUGCUUUUCAGUGGAAAUGUACAAGAUGCUGAAACACUGCUUCUUCAAGCUGGCCUUAUUUACCAAGCUAUUCAAGUCAACAUUAACCUUUACAACUGGGAAAGGGCACUAGAACUUGCAGUGAAACACAAGACACACGUUGACACGGUUCUGGCUUACCGACAAAAGUUCUUGGAUGACUUUGGUAAAAAAGAAACGAAUCAGCGAUUUUUGCAGUAUGCAGAAGGGCUUGAAGUCAACUGGGAUAAAAUCAAAGCCAAAAUAGAGUUGGAAAUUGCGAAAGAGAGAGAACGAGCUGCAGCUACUCCAACUGUCAGAGCAAGUGUAACCAUACAACGUUAAGUGCCAUGCUGAUUAUAUUAAGUAGUAGUUUUAUCACUCUGCUACUUCAGCAUACUGGUACGCCUUUAUGUAUUUGGGGAUGGACAGUAAUGCCUUACUUCCAAGUCCUGAAUCUUGCAUAGUUCUUGUUUAUUGCUAAUGGAAAUGAAUUUGCAUAUAUGUCAUUCUAUGUUAUGAACAGCAACCGUAUUCUGGUUGUUAUGAACAGCAACCGUAUUCUGGUUCUAAUGGUCUUAUGAAAAGUUUGAGGUGAGUGUGGCAGCUAUGACCAGGAUCAGCUUCUCAAGGGAAAAUUUUCUGUCUUGGUAGCACAGUUGAGACAACAGAAUCUAUCACAUAAAUAAAUGGUCUACUAUUAAGAUUACCAACAGACAAGCAUAGUAUUUCUUUUAAAAGAAGAUCACUUAUCUUAAAAUGUUUAUGCCUAACAUAAGGAAGCUGUUUUGCAUACAAGUAUAUUGGUCUGAAGUAUAAUCAGUCUCAGAACUGACAAAGCAUUAUACCAUGAGGACACACUGCAGUCCUGAAAUUGCUUAAUAAGGAAUAUUUCCAAGGAAUUUCAUAGAACUUCUGGUUUAUUUUUCUUUUGUAAAUGAUUUUGAAAUCCCAUGAUUAACUUUAGCAGAAGAAACAUAAUGAACCCUGCCAGUUAUCCAGCUAGCAUGAAACAAAAAUUAUUGUUAUAGGCAGCAGCAUACAAAAUAAGUGAUGUAAUUGGUAAUUCUUGAUUGGAUUCUGUUAACACAGAAGUAUACAAGACUUAAACUCUGUACAAAUGAAUAUUUGCAUACCCAACCACCAAAACAGAGAUACUUUUUAAAACGUGCUUUUCUCUGAGUUCAACAUAGCAAUGAAAUCCAUCUGAGAAUCCAUUAUAUAGUACAUCAUUUUAAAUGACAAUAAGAGUUUCUGGAAAUAUUUAAUGUUUGGUGAUAAGGCCUUUUUAUUUAUUUUUUUAAAGGGUCACAUAUCCCAGUGCUUUAAAAGUAUCUUGUGAUGGUAAGCUGUCCCAUUUGCUUUUUCAUGUAUGGUAUUUAUCCAGUGUACCAGGAAUUUAAAAAGACUUCAAACCAUAUUUAUUGGUGUAGCAUUAGUUGACUAAAGUAUCCCCACUGCAAGUGAUUUCAAGAAUAUAGCAUUAAUGUCCUGGUUAUUGAAUAGGCAAAAAUAUUUUGUGGUGAUAAAAGUAGUAAAAUGGUUUUGUACAAUAUAUCUUUACUUGGAAUCAUAAAUAAUUUUGUGACUGGUGUAAAUGUAAUGUAAA